UAGCCAGCUUGUUUACCAACUAACUCCAUUUGAUUUAUUUAUUUUAAAAGCUGCUCGGACAGCUUCACCGUCUAAUCACUCUUGUCAACAGGAAGUUGUUUUGUGUAGCUUUCACUUUGUUUGUACAAUAUGAAUGAAUGUUCCUCCACAUGUGGUUGGUGAAAUGUUGCUCGUGGUUGUUGACUUGUGUUCUGAGAUGGAUCGAGACAAACUCCCAUCACACCAACGACAUCUGCUUCAUUUUAAUGAGGAGUAAAUAGUUUCCACCAUGGACGGAUCAUGAAACAAUGUGAGGACCUGGGGCAGUGAAAAUAAAAGCCCCCCACCCCCCCAGCCAUCACGACCACGCCCCCUCUUCGCAGGAAGUCCAGUGUGAAAGAGAAGUCCUGUACACGAUGUGACCGUGUCAUUUUUGGACUUAGCGGUUAUUAUUUUUCCUCAGUCAUCUCUCGACGGCCAUUGUUCGUCUCAUCGUGCUCAUUUGCACAUUAACGUUGUCGUGGUUUUUUUCUUUCUUGUCUCCUUUGGGGUCGUUGUUCUUAUUGACCCUCCAACAGGAAGUGUCUCCGACCGGUGUCCCGUUGGCCCAGUGCGGCACUCAGUAGGAUGAACAGGAAUCAGGAAGAUGAGUUUGUUGCCGUGCGGGUCCAAGAUCCCCGCAUUCAGAACGAGGGCUCGUGGAAUUCAUACGUGGAUUUUAAAAUAUUCCUUCAUACCAACAGUAAAGCCUUCACUGCCAAGACGUCCUGCGUGCGGCGGCGCUACAGUGAGUUCUCCUGGCUCAGGAAGAAGAUGCAGAAGAACACUGGUCUGGUGCCGGUGCCAGAGCUUCCAGGAAAAUCCUUCUUCUCCUUCAGCAAUGAGGACUUUCUGGAGAGGAGAAGAAAAGGACUUCAGGCGUUCUUGGACAACGUGGUGCACAUGACGGUGUGCCUGUCCGACAGCCAGCUGCACCUCUUCCUGCAGACCCAGCUGCCGGUCGGUCACAUCCAGGACUGCGUCCAGGGCCACACGCCCUACUCGGUGACCGACGCCAUCCUCACGUAUGCCUCGUCCAACUGGGGCCUUGCUCAGGCUCAGACGCCGGAGGACGAUUCCAUCAAGGAGCCCAGUUUGACCGUUUCGUACGAGUCCAUGGAGAGCCCAGCACCUCAUCAACCGAGCCUCCAGACGACAGAGACUUUCAGCCCCGAGCUUCUCUCGUGCGGAGACUCCGACCCUCUGGCAAGUUUAAUGGAGCUCCGAGAAAAGAACAAGGCAGAGGACAAAUCCUCAAUAAACAUCACACAGGAGAACAACCGCCUGGAGGCUGUCGUCGAGUGCGACCGCGACCCCACGGAGGCCACCUUUUUCCUGGGCGACGGCCAGGACGAGCACGAAGGCCUCGGCCUCGCUGGAGAUACCCAGCAGAGGAGCUGUCAGAUACAGACACCGGUGGAGGUGCACUCGCCCAUGGAGACUGGCUUUCAGGAGGGCAGCGAGUUUGAGGGGGAGUGUACGGAAAGAGAGGAAGAGGAAGGUGUUGUGACUUCAGAUACAGAAGAAAAUGUCGUGCAACAUUCAGAAAUGGAGGAAACGGCCGUUCAACUGGAGAGUCCUGCGGAGGAGGAUGUAGACGAGGUCGCCUGCGAGCCAGAAAAAUGUAUAAAUUCUUUAGUGAUUUUAGAUUUUAAGGACAAUGACUCUGAGGAACAGGUCACGGAAAUAAAUGCCAGAUCCCAGGAGGAAGUUCCGGAAGUCGUUUGCCCGGAGAAGCAGGUUCUAGUAAACCACAUCGUCUCGGAGGUCGCACACACCGAGGGUACAGUGUCAGACGUCAGCUGUGCGGAGGAGUCGAAGAAGUCGGAUGACAAUCAAAGUGGUGAAUCUGGAAGCGAAGAGGAGACGACGCCUCGGUCAGAAACUGACGACGUGAGCAGCGACGCCUUUCAACAAAUGGACCAAAAGCGAGUUGAAGAAGAGGCGGACGUGGUCGUGUGCAAAGACGAGAGCAACGAGGACAGCGCCUCGCUGCCGUCGUCCAACGAGAGCAUCGUCCAGGUGAGCGACGAGGACAGCGUCUGCGACGAGAUGGAGGAGUCGACCCGGGCGGCGAACGGCUUCAUGAAAACGCCUCCUGAGGACGUUUGGUCGGAGGUGGAGGCGUCCGGCAGGAACAUUCUGGACUUGCAGAUGAACGGACGCCCCGUGGACGACGACGACGACCACCUGCAGUACCUGACUUCUCUGGACCUGAACUCGACCAUCGCCGGUACAGACUUGUCUGGAAGUGGAGACUUCAGCGUCAUAGAGACCGUGUCCGGAGUCGGCGACGGUAAAUGUGCGGAGGAGGAAGCGCCGUCCUCGCCGAGUCCGGACGCCUCCGAGGAGACUCGCGAGGUGCAGCAGAUGCCAUAAACGGCAGGUCAACGACCGAAUGGGCCUCGACGGGCGAGUGGACGAGCACCGGGGGAACUGUUCCUGUGUGACGGGCCCAUAGUGCUGAUGAUGAGAGAGAGCGUGAGCCUCAGUACCUGUCGCAGCUCACAGGAUGUACGCCGGGUGCAGGAAGUCCUUGGGGACGAUGCCCACGGCGCCGCUCAGCUCGCCGACCCACCAGCCGUGGAUGUUGUACUCCUGCGGCCCGAAAUGAACAGAAUAAAGAACGAAAAGUCAAGAUCCCAAACAGGAAACGGCCACGUGUGGUUUUCUACGAGGCGUCGGGGAGCGUUGACCUGGAGGAGCGUUCAUUCACAAACUGUGGAGGACGGAGAACGACACCAUCGAGACGACGAGCGUCUGAAAUAAAACUGAUGUUUAGUCACGGAUGAAAAGUCACGACUGGUUUUCAACAGACUAAUUAUAACAAAUCAACAUGUUUGGACUGUGAUUAAAAGAAACACAGACAAUUCAGACAAAGUCUGAAAUCAUAAAACAUGACAGGGAAACAGAAUCUUGAGCUGAGACAAUUUGAUCUUCUCCAUAACUAAUAAUAAAUAUCUUCAGGGUGUUUUGACAGCAGGUGAAACACAAUCAGCAGUUUUAGGGGGUUUUUUUGCAGCGUCUAAUGAGCAUUUUUCAUAGACCAAAUGAUUGAGGGUUUAUAGUUUCUAAAGUUUCAAUUGACAAUAAAGAUAAAAUAAAUGUG